AAGGGCGUGGCCUUUCAAGGGAAUCCCCUCCGCAUUCCUAGCGUGCCGCCACCCUCGCGCCACCCCUGCGAUCCGACGUAGCAGCGCGAAAAAUCGAGACUGGAGCCCCAGGUCCCGCAUUCUCCGACCCGAUCGGUCUGUGGUGGUCUCAGGGCCCGGAACCGGGCGAAAACGCCUGGCGUGAAAGAACUGCAACGCCGGGAUCUCAGGGACCCCCUUGUGGGCGCCGCCAAGCUUCCCCGAGGACGCCCUCUGGGGCUCUGGGUCCUGCGGAGCCGCCUCCGUGCGCCCCGGAUUCCCGCGCGCCCUCGCGUGCUUGGGCGCGCCGGAGCCGCGGCCCGGGAUCACACGGGCAGCCUCGCUGCCGCGUGGGCGGCAGGGCCUGCAGCCAGAGGUGCGGAAGCAGCAGCCGCCCACCGAGAGAAGGCUGAGCUACGUCCAUCGCCGGAGAACAUGCAGCGGCGCAAGCAUGAACGGAAUUUCGGGGGCCCGCGUGGAUUUCGUGGGCCGGCGCCGGGCGCUUCCAGUCUUGCAGCGUGCAUGGGAAGGGGAGGGAUCGAGUAGGCUCGUCCGAUACGGAACUGGCCAGCCUGCAGGUGCCCCACGGAAAGUUCUUAACCCCAAGUGGUUCCUGUGACCCACAUGAGUAUUUGAGCACCUCAGGGAGUUCAAGCUCUGACGUCGAAUGUUCCCUUAGAUAUCUCAUGGACGGGCGUCCAGCGCCGAACCACCCAGAAGUCCGCGAGGACCUCUGGCAGUUCAUGCUUGUAAACCUGUCUGAUCUUCCACAUCAGUCGACCGUUGAGAUCGAGAAGACCCUUUCGGAAUUACCCAGCACUCCAGACUCGAUCUCGUACCUGGAGUUCCGUACCCUCCUGAUCAUGUUCGAGACUGGCGAUAUCAACCCAACACCCCCGUGCGUGACCAAAUUCUUCGACGAGAGGCCGACUGACAUUGUCGACGGAUUGGCUCGCUACCUUUACUUGACUACCUACUUCUUUUGUAUAUUUAUGAUGGCCCCGACCAUAUCGACGUACCCAAGUAACGCCGACCAGUGAUCUUCGGUGCAGACGGGUACUCAGUGUUCCGCCGCCAGUGCUUUUUCGUUCCUCCACAGAUCGAUCCCGCCAGUCCCAAGGAACCACGCUCGAAGAGUGCUUAGGGCGGCGUGGAGGGGGCUAAUUACGUGACGGCCACAUCGAGAUUUUUAUACGUCUGCGUUUGACAGUUAUCCCGAAAAUGAGUGCCUUGCGCAUGGCCUUAACACCUGUGUCUGCGCCCCUAGCGACGCCAC